AUGAUCCAGAACCAAAGCAUGUCAGGCCUUUCGGUGGAGGCCAAGCAUUUGCGAGAUUUCAGGAAGUAUAACCCUAGCACCUUCAAUGGGUCACUAAAGGACCCUACCAAAGUAGAAUUAUGGAUAUCCUUGAUUGAAACGAUUUUUCGUUAUAUGAAAUGUACAGAAGACCAGAAGGUGCAAUAUUCCGUUCUUAUGCUUAUUGGCAAGGCUCAGAUCUGGUGGCAGUCGGCAGAAAGGAUGUUGGGUGUAGGAGGGGAUCCAGUGACUUGGGAGCAGUUUAAGGAGCGCUUUUACGCGAAGUACUUCUCUGCCAACCUGAGGUACAAUAAGCAGAGGGAGUUCUUAGAGCUGAGGCAGGGACAUAGGUCAGUGGAGGAUUAUGACCAAGAGUUUGACACCUUAUCCCAUUUUGCCCCGGAGUUGUUCGCCACGGAAGCCAUGAGGGCAGAAAGGUUCGUUCAAGGCCUAAAAGACAGUAUACAAGGUAUCGUGCGAGCAUUCAAACCAACCACUCAUGUUGAGGCACUUCGUUUGGUAGUCGAGGUGGACCCACAGUCAGGAGAUGAGUUUUCACAAGUAUUCGGGGUGGGACCUUCCUUAGGACAAAAGAGGAAGGCGGAUCAGAAGGCUUUCGAGCCUCACCCCCAUCAAAAGGUUCAAUGCACCGGAGUUUGUUUUCAUUGCAAGCGGGAGAGGCACUCGAUAGAGAGAUGUCCUGCUAGAGGCACGUUCGAUUUUGGGAACCAGUUUGUAGGCCGUGACCAGAGGAGUUCGGGUAGGCCCCAACAUCAGCAAGGUCGUGUUUGCUCUACCACCCGGCAGGAGGCCGAGAAAGCAGGCACUGUUGUGACAGGUACACUUCUAAUCUUGGGGCAUUUUGCGCUAGUAUUGUUUGAUUCGGGUUCGUCCCAUUCGUUUAUAUCAUCGCUGUUUGUUAAGCAUGCCACGUUAGAACUAGAGCCUUUACACUUUGUGUUGUUGGUUUCCACUCCAUCUGGAGAAAUUAUGUUAGCAAAGGAGAAGAUAAAAGCAUGUCAGAUUGAAGUAGCAAGUCAUACCUUGGAUGUGACUUUAGUAGUCUUGGACAUGCGAGAUUUUGAUGUGAUUUUGGGCAUGGAUUGGCUAGCUGCUAACUAUGCCAUUAUUUUUGCCUUGAAAUCCCAGAGGUUGCUUAAUCAGGGUACCCGGAGUAUCUUAGCUAGUGUCGUCGACAUUAGAGAGCCUGAGGUCUCCUUGACUUUGGAGCCAGUAGUACGUGACUACCCGAAUGUCUUUCCAAAAGAACUCUCAGGUCUGCCGUCGCAUCGGGAGAUAGACUUUGCUAUCGAGUUGGAGCCUAUCAAAAACAAGUAUCCGCUUCCCAGGAUUGAUGACUUGUUUGACCAGUUGCAGGGAGCUACGGUGUUUUCUAAGAUUGAUCUUCAUUCGAGGUAUCGUCAGUUGAGGAUAAAGGAUAGUGAUACUAAGACAGAUUUUUGUUCGAGGUAUGGGCAUCAUGAGUUCGUCGUGAUGUCAUUUGGGUUGAUGAACGCUCGUGCAGUAUUCAUGGACCUGAUGAAUAGGGUGUUUAAGGAAUUUCUUGAUACCUUCAUGAUAGUCAUCAUAGAUGACAUUUUGGUUUACUCCAAGACAGAGGCCCCUCUGACCCGGUUGACCAGAAAAGAAGCUUCCUUUAUUUGGAGUAAGGCUUGUGAGGAUAAUUUCCAAGAUCUCAAGCAAAGGUUGAUUACUGCCCCAGUUCUCUCCUUAUCAGAUGGAACGGGUGGUUUUGUUAUUUACAGUGACGCCUCCGAGAGAGGAUUGGGGUGCGUGUUGAUGCAACAAGGUAAGGUAGUUGCUUAUGCCUCCCGCCAGUUAAAGAACCAUGAACUGAAUUAUCCCACACAUGAUUUAGAGUUGACAGCUAUUAGUUUAAAAUACUUCUUCACUCAGAAGAAGUUAAACAUGAGGCAGCAUAGAUGGUUGAAGCUAGUGAAGGAUUAUGAUUACGAGAUUCUGUACCACCCAGGAAAGGCAAAUGUAGUGGCGGAUGCUCUAAGUAGGAAGGUAGCUCAUUCAGCAGCCCUUAUCACCAGACAGAGUCGUUUAUAUAAGGACCUUGAGCAGGCUGAGAUAGCAGUGGUGGUAGGGGAAGUAUCUGCGAAGUUAGCACAAUUGUUAGUACAACCAAGUUUAAGGCAGAGGAUCAUUAUUGCUCAACACAGUGAUCCUUACUUAGUUGAAGUAGCACAACAAGUAAAGACAGGACAAGGUGGUGAGUUCUCCUUGUCAGCAGAUAAUGAUCUUACUUUUCGAAGACGUUUAUGUGUACCAGCAGAUAGUGACCUCAAGAAUGAUCUGUUAUGGGAAGCUCAUAACUCCCCAUUUUCAAUACAUCCUGGCAGUACCAAAAUGUACCAGGACCUAAAACGUUGCUACUGUGUACCGGAAUGGAAGUGGGAGCAUGUCUCGAUGGAUUUCAUUGUAGGUUUGUCGCGAACGGUGAAGGGUUUUACAGUAAUUUGGGUUAUAGUGGAUAGACUUACCAAGUUGGCACAUUUUAUUCCAGGGAAGUCUACAUAUUCAGUGAGUAGGUGGGCCCAGUUGUAUAUGAAAGAAGUGGUAAGAUUGCACGGGGAACCAGUGUCCAUCGUGUCUGAUAGGGACCCUCGAUUUACCUCCAGCUUUUGGAAGAGCCUUCAGGCAGUAUUGGGUACUCGUUUGGAUUUCAGUAUGGCUUUUCACCCACAAACUGACGGUCAAACUGAGCGUUUGAACCAGACACUGGAUGAUAUGUUACGUGCUUGUGCACUAGAGUUUACAGGGAGUUGGGACUCUCACCUGCAUUUGAUAGAGUUUGCUUAUAAUAAUAGUUAUCAUGUAACCAUUGGUAUGUCACCGUUUGAGGCCCUUUAUGGGAAGAGUUGUAGGUCACCCGUAUGCUGGGAUGAGGUUGGUGAGCGAAAAUUACUAGGACCUGAGUUAGUACAAACCACGAACGAGGCAAUACAGAAGAUUAAGGCCCGAAUGUUGACGGCUCAAAAUAGGCAGAAGAGUUAUGCUAAUGUUAGGUGUAAGAACCUGCAGUUUGAGGUAGGUGGAAAGGUGUUUCUGAAAGUGGCACCUAUGAAGGGAGUGUUAAGGUUUGGCAAGAGGGGUAAGUUGAACCCUCGUUUCAUCGGGCCAUUUGAGAUCUUGGAGCGGGUUGGCCCUGUAGCAUAUCGGCUGACCUUGCCCACAUCUCUUUCUGCAGUUCAUAAUGUUUUUCAUGUUUCUAUGUUGAGGAAGUACGUAGCAGACUCAUCUCAUGUUGUGGAUUAUGAGCCUUUGCAUUUAAAUGAGAACCUGAGCUACGAAGAAAAGCCCAUUCAAAUCCUGGCCAGGGAAGUGAAAGUUUUGCGCAACAAGAAGAUAGCUUUGGUGAAGGUUCUUUGGCGGAAUCACCAGUUCAAGGAAGCAACGUGGGAGCGUGAGGACGACAUGAGGAUGCAUUAUCCCGAGCUUUUUCAGGAUUAG